CUCCCUGCCAUUAACGCACAGCUUCAACACAGAUCGGUGUUUAAACACCCUGCGCACUAAGUGGCAUCUUUAGCUACACGGUUUCAUUUAAAGCCAUGUCUUCCGGAUCUGUUUUCAUCCAGUUCACUGAUCUAACCGCUGGUUGAUGGUUGGUCCAUUAAUGGCUAAUAUCUCCGCUUGGGCUUCUGGUGUUCAAGUGUAAUGCAGCUGGGUGAUAUCUACAUAACGCGCUGGUCUGUUUUCUCAGCAAACUUGGUGGAUGUGCGUCAUUCUGUGAUUGAUUGUUUUUACAAAGACUGAGCUACUGGGUGUACGCUACGGCUGAGUUUUCAGGCUCUGAUUGUGGAUAUCUGCUCGACUGCUGGUGGUUUAUUUGAAUUAUUUUUUUUUUUUAUGGAUACAACUAGGCAGCCAUACUUUAGCUUUUACACAUCCCAUGUGUUGAAGGAACUUUGAGUCUUCGUUGUAGGAAUAAUAGUUGACUUUCUGUGCUCUCAAUUCUGGUGGUUUGUUUAUCACUCCCUUGCUGAAGACAACAAGCGGAAACGCGUGUGUACACUUCUAUGGCUUGCUGCUUUCAAACAAGUUGCCAUGGCAGCUGGAGUCCAGAUGAAGGUGACCAUCAGCACAGCACGACAGGGAGCGAAGGGGGUACACCGGGGGAUGGCACCCCACCCCCUAAACGCAAGGGCAAGUUCUCCACCCUCGGGAAGAUCUUCAAACCCUGGAAGUGGAGAAAGAAGAAAAGCAGCGAGAGGUUUCAGGAAACUUCAGAAGUUUUGGAAAGAAAGAUGUCGAUGAGAAGACCAAGGCAGGAACUGAUAGAUCAAGGAGUGCUUAAAGAGCUUCCGGAGAAUGAAGCAGUUGAGGCUCAUAGCCAUAAGAUGCCCUAUGUGAAGAAUGGUCACACUUUGCCUGUAGGAGGAGGUGGGGUUAGUGGAGGUCUGGAGCAAGUUCAUUCACCCUCGGAAUCAGAAUUUAGGGUCAAUCCUGUCUGGCUGCCACAACCUGAUGACAGGAGGGGCCGUUCCCCUUCUGAUGGGGAUCAUCGUGGGGCUUUGGGACCACGGGUCUCCAAUCAAGACGAAAAUAGGGAAGGCAGGAGAAGCGGCUGGGCUUCGGGGACAGAGGACUGGAAAUCGAAUAUGGCUUGGCAAGGAGGACGAUUACACCCUGAUAUGGAUAAAAGACCAGGGCUAAUGAAAGCCCCAUCCGAGGAUGGGCGCAGGACUCGCCCCGAUUCGGACUGGAAGCCGACACUUCCCCGGCAUUCAUCAGUUGAGGAUGGAAGAGGGCGGCGAGAGUCUGACAGCAACCAGUAUGUUCCUAACUCUGAGGCUCAAAGGGACACGCUCCGGGAGCCCCUGCCUCCCAAACAAUCCGUAAUGCCCCCAAAGUGGCUGUUGACCUCCCCCCAGGAACCCGGUGUCAACAGCUUGCCUCGCACCCCUGUCCACAACCACGCUGCUGCUUUCUCCUCUUCCUCAGCCUCCUCCAACUCGUCCUCCUCCUCGGCUGUCAGCACAACCGGAAAAACUCUACGAAAUGUCUCUUCGGCUGGCGUCAGCACGCAGGGUGUCGUUCCCCUCACCACCUCCUCAGCGCCGUCCUCUAUGAGCAACGCCCCGGUUCAACCUCCCAAACAUCCCCCUCUCCCUCCACCCAAGCCAAUCAACCGUACCAACAACCCUGGCAUGUUAGCCUCCACCCUGCAGGGGGGUGAUGGGAGCGAGUUCCCUCUAUACUGGUCCUGUUGGAAGCGUGAAGGCGACUAUGACGUCUACCUGUCACUGCCUGUAUACCUCUGCCGGCGGGCAGGAGGCAUGCGCACAGCUGAACUAUCACAAGGAGGUACCAGCCUAUUACCAGUCAAGCCCUCGCCCCCCAUGCCCCCGAAGAGAACAACACCCGUCACCAAACGAAAUGCGGAGGACUCUCCACUCACCAUCUCCUCUCUUCCCUCCAUUCUGUCCGAGGACAUGAGGGCCAACAUCCCUGGGGGCUACCAGCUGCCUCCACCACCCCCUUCCCCACCCCUCCCCACGCACAUCCCCCCUUCCCCUCCACGGGCACACACCCAUCAUCUUCUCCACCAGCACUCUUACCCGUACCCCCUACCACAACCUCUACCCGUCCACUUUGACCCCCCAAGCCCACCGGAGGAACCACCUGUUCGCCAAGCCCCUGUUCCCUUGCACAUCAUGAUCCAGAGGGCGCUGAGCAGCCCGGGACCCGCCCUCCCACACCCAGACAGUUCCCAGCGAGCCCACUCGUUGUUGUUCGAGACGCCACCGGAGUACCAGGGCAGCCGGCCACUGCCAGUCACCAUUCAGCCUCUCAAACUCGAUGAUGAUGACUAUUCAGAUGAUGAUGAAGAGGAGGAGGAUGAUGAAGAUGAACGUCCUCGUGAUCACCUGCCAUCUCCGCAGUCACAACCAGAACUCGAGCCACGUAGCCGCAGGUGUCUGGUGGGGGAUCCGAGCGUCAGCAUCAUCCCUGAAGGAAACACUAGCAGCGAGGAAGAGGAUGAUGAGGAAGAUCAUCAACCAGGGGAGAGCGACUCAGACGGGCCAGUGCUGUACAAGGACGAUGAGUCAGAUGAAGAUGAUGAAGAUGACAGCCCACCAAGUGCCCUGGCCAGCAGGGUAAAGAGGAAGGACACAUUGGCACUAAAGUUGAGCAGUCGGCCCUGUGCUCCAGACAGACAGGCUCCGGAGAGGCAGGCCAGAGGGGAGCACACGAGUCUGUCGUGGCAGAGCAAAGAACAGUGGGAGGCCAUCCGCACACAGAUUGGUACCGCACUCACACGACGACUGAGCCAAAGACCCACUGCUGAGGAGUUGGAACAGAGGAACAUUCUCCAACCUAAAAAUGAAGCAGACAGACAAGCAGAAGUCAGAGAGAUCAAGCGCAGACUCACCAGAAAGCUGAGUCAACGGCCAACCGUGGCUGAACUGCAGGCCCGAAAAAUCUUGCGUUUUCAUGAGUAUGUGGAGGUCACAAGCGCCCAGGACUAUGACCGUCGUGCUGAUAAGCCAUGGACCAAACUUACUCCUGCAGACAAGGCUGCUAUUCGUAAAGAGCUUAAUGAAUUUAAAAGCUCUGAGAUGGAAGUGCAUGAGGACAGCAGAAUUUACACAAGAUUCCAUCGUCCUUAAUGUAAAAUUUGAACUGGAAAAUGAAGCACUUAAAUGCCGGUGGAACUUGGGGAAGAACCAUUCUGAUGAGGAGCGCUUCCUUACGGAUUGCUUUUAAUAUUACUGAAUGUACUCGGAUGCACUUGGUGCAUUCAAAUAAGAUCAACAAAAUGCAACUGCUUCCUAGUUCUCUACCCACCGACUAUACAUUCAGGUUGGGAGGAAGGACCUCUGGGGGACAGAUGCUGUAUUUCCCCUAGACUUUGGGGGACCCACGUGCCAAUACAGAGAGACGAUGAAGGACUCAUAGAGGAUGCGUGAAGUGUUACCUGUGCCAAUGGUAGACGUUACUCUGCUCUCAUUGGCUGAUACGUCACUUUUUUUGUCUGUUCUCUGAACGACUCUUUUGUGCUGUUACUUCAUAGGACAAAUUUUAUUUCCUUUCAGGGAAGUGUAACAAAGUUAAAAAUAAUAGUAAUAAUAAUGAUGUGACAAUAAUAAAUACAGUAAUACUACAGUAAGUGUUAGUUACUGAGCUUAGCAGGAAGCGUGGACAGCAGAACUGCAAGUCUGGACGUUAUUGUGUAUUUGUAUAUGUUUGUAUAGGCUGCUGUUAUUUUCUCCUAGACUGAAGUUUUCAAAAAAAUGUUUAAUGUUAGAAACUUUAAGGUUUUAUUUUAAUUUUAUGGCCGUCUAUAUUCAAGACAUAGUUGCAGAUUUUCCACAUACUUUUUGUUCCUCAAAUAUAUGAGCUGUUAUAUAAACAUUGCAUAUCACACUAUUGAUCUACAGUAAAACUGCAAUGUAUGGUCAUGUACACAUUUCUUUUAAGUAAAUAUGAGGUCAAGCCAUUUCAAUUUGAAAGUGCCCAAAUCGUGUUUAUUUCUACAUAAGAAGGAUUUUCUGAAUAUUUAUUCUAAACAUUUUAGGGAAGAAUUUAGAGCGGGCAUGCACUGACAUCGCUUUUCUUACGUGUGGCUGACAGGGUUGUUACUGCGGCAGGAACUCCUUUAAUUUUUGCAAUUUUAGUAUUGUUUUUGGCCAGUAGGAUAUUAGAAAUUGCUCUGCUGUACAGAUCCAUUCUGUAGAUGAAACUGACUCUUUGUGUAUAUCUUGUCUUCCUUUUAUUUUGAAAAGUAUUUUAAAUAUAUUGAAACUCAUAUAGGUUACUAUUUUUUUAAGCACAAAAUUAUUAGUGUAUUAUUCAACACUACAACGAUGGGAGCAGAAUGUACCUGUUCCGUGUUAAUGUAGUGUUGUCUGUUCAUGCUUUUUAAUUAUAUGUGAACUUUUAGAAAAUGACAGUAAAUUUGCUUUUUAGAUGUAAACACCUAAAUCUAAAUUAAAAUGCUUACCAAUA